ACUCUACACAAGCUGUUGAAGGAGGCUGUUCGAAUCAGGGGAGGGCAUCCGUCGCGUCUUAUUUAAGCCACGGCCUGAGCGAGUCCACUGUUUUGAUUACCCCGAUACAACACGGAAAAAGACCGGUUUUGUGAACGAAGACAGCGACUUGUAUGAAGUGUGGUGUUGUGGUGGUUUUUUUGUUCGCUGUUUCUACACAUAGAUUUAACUUGUUGCUGUUGAGACAAGAAGCCAUUGACGCCAUCAUCGAAGGUAGAAAGUUCUUCCAUUGUUUGAAUUCCUAAUGGAUUAUUGUUGAGACCACGUGACCUGACCAGGCUAUCGAUAUCCCAACCACCCAGACGACACUCGUCCUCUGAAACAAAGGCUUACAAAAAUCGAACUCGAUUGAUUGUUUUCUUUAAGAUACAACAUAAACCUGCCUCGCGCUCAAACCUGUAUGGUGCACCACAAUGAUAAGAUCGGAAAUCGCCGGCUGACGUUUCUUUGAACUGUUUGGAAGAGUUCCAGCGCUUGAGAAUAUUCUAGAGACUUUUGAGUUUGGAUCGACGAGAAUGAAUGACCGAGACAGAAGCCGCUCCCCCCGCCCUGGGAGUUCAACCUCCCCCCGAGCAACAUCCUCCCACCUCUCCCCUCCCUACAUCAGGGAACCCACAGAAGGGAAGCUGACUAUCGAGAUACCUUGCACUAUGCCGCCUCAGGGCGCGGCUCAAAACGGCGCCCUGGGAAAGACGAAUCUCUUCAACCCCGCCAUCGGGGCGGACGACCCCCGGUUCUCUCAGCAGAUUCAGGAGGCGGUGUCUCACGUGCUGGAGGGGUACGACUGGUCCCUGGUGACCACCCCGGCCAGGAAUCAGAAUGGGGAGAAGAGAAAGCCGCACAUCAAGCGCCCCAUGAACGCCUUUAUGGUGUGGGCGCAGGCGGCCAGGAGGAAGCUGGCGGACCAGUACCCACAUCUGCACAACGCUGAGCUGAGCAAGACAUUGGGGAAACUGUGGAGACUUCUGAACGAAGGUGAGAAAAAACCUUUUAUCGAGGAGGCCGAGCGCCUGAGGCUCCAGCACAAGAAGGACCACCCCGACUACAAGUACCAGCCCCGCCGCAGGAAGGCUCCCAAGGGCGGCAACUCCGCGUCAUCAGGGGGACACAACUCCAAGUCCUCGGUCGGCGGACGCGACACGUCGUCGCCUAGCGACGAUUGUUCCAGCGAGUGUUCCAGCCAGCAGGGCAAUUCCAACGGUCCGCCCACCCCGCCCGUCACACCCAACCAGCACGAGGCGGUCAAGUGCAUGUACGACAGACGUGGGCACCGGGGCUACAUUAUGGGACCUUCCGGUCACCCGAUUGACUUUAGCCGCAUGGACCUCAGCCCGGAAGUGAUCGAACAGUUCGAUGACCAGGACCUUGACCAGUACCUCCCGCCGCCGGGCAUGGGGCACCACCUCCCCCAGCACAACCCACACCACAGCGACAACAGCUACCCACCCUGCUACAUGGGCGCGAGCAUGCAGCCCGCCCCCACCGGCUCGCCCGGGUGGUCGUCUCCCUACCGGAUGUCCUCCUCGGCCGCCCCCUCCUGCCUCCCUCCCUACCUCCCCCACAGCUCCAGCCACACCACACUCCACACCAUGCAGGCACCGUACGACCUCUCCGAGCAAGGUCAAUCCUCCACAAGGUCACCUCCGCUCACCUCCUCCAGCGGGACGCUGGGGACCACAUCCCAACCCUCGCCCCAGAACCUCGCCACCACAGACAACUUCCUGCACUCCAGCAACCCGGCCGAGUGCAAGUACCGCGGCGACGACAGCUGCUCCGUCAAACUGGAACAGCACCAACAGCAGCAACAGCAAUCCCAGGCUCAAGGACUACGAUCCCUCUCCAUGCAGCCGCAGUUCCGGUGCGACCCCAAAUACGACCCCUCCGGCUACCCCAGCAGCCAGCCGACCCCCUCGCGGUACGCCGUCGACUCGACGCAAGCCAGCUACAACCACAUGCCCGGGCCGUACGUACCCCAAAACACCAACGGCGUCCUGAGCUCCCCCAGCUACCAGUACAGCAUGGGGCUCCACAGGCAGGGGAUGUUCAACGCCAUCCCCGCCGCGGUACCUUCUGAGCAGACGUGGGAGAGAUUUGGAUGAGCAGCCGACAUUUUGGAUGCGUAAUCCAUAAUCCAUUCUUAGGCAAAUCAUUAAAAAAAAACUAAUCUCGCCCCGGCUCAAGAAAAACUCAGCAAAAAUAUUUUCCCAGCCAUAAACUCGUUAUUAAUAACCAGCUUCAAAUGUUGUGUCGCCAAACUUUGUAGAUAAUUAUCUACCUGUAUGUAUAAAAAAAAUGCUCCUGUUUUUUUUAAAAAAUGAAAGACGUAACAAAAACGUAAAUAACACGUUUAUGUUUGUGUCGGUCAGUGCAAGAUAAACGAUGUGUGUCGCACAAGCCAAGAGAUGAACUAUCAGUGACCAUUUGUUGUUCAACCACAGAAUAUGGUGGUUUUUUUUCUUGGUGGUUUUUAGGUGGUUUUUCUAACAGCUUUCUAAUGCUCAAUCCUGCAGUUCAAUUCACGGUCAGUGCCAAAAACACGAAGUGUGCUGUCUAGUACAACAGCAGACAUCGACAGGGCUGUUCAGUACAGCAGACAUAAGGCUGUUCACAUCGGCAGCGCAAACAAACAAUGCUGUCCUAUAUGACAGCACAAACAAUGAUGUCCCAUAAAACAGCCCAAAACAAUGCUGUCCUAUAAAAUAGCACACAACAUUGCUGUUCUAUAAAAAAAAUAGCACAAAACAUUGCUGUUCUGUAAACAGCACAAUGCUGACAAUCUACAAUAAUUUACAAGAACCUUAAAAAAAUUUAAAAUAAUAAUAUUUAGAGUUAUAAGCGAAUAUUAAUGUUACAUAAUACUUUAUUUUAAAAUCCAGAAUGAAUACUAUUUAUAUUGUUUGAAACAUCGUAGAAAGUAGAGUUUUUAAAAUAUGUUUUCGCUGUAUACAUGUUUUAUUUUUUUUUUUAAAUAUAUUUUAUAAUGCUACUGUCGUUGUCAUAGUGAGCACUAUAGAGAGUGAUGUGUGAUGUUAUGUAAUAGAUGUACACAUUACACGUGUACACGUGUGUUUUUCAAACUUUUUACUACGUGUACUCAAGAGAUUAACAUAAUGUUUAGACGUGUUUCAUAGGAAUCAGUGUAGAACCUAAGAACGUUCCUUUUGUCAGUUUAAAUCAGCUCUGUAGCUGUAGUCAGCUAGAACAGUCUGAAACAGCUGGUUGUUGGCAGUCUAAAAUAAGACGUAGAGCUGUUUCUGACGGGCGACUAACAUGCCGGUUGUGGGCGUGUUUGUUCUAACACGUCACUUCCUGAUGUUGGGUGAGGUCAUACACUGACCCGGCGAGUGUAUGCGGGUGAGCAGGUCAUUGUUUGCUACCUAGUUUUGUGGAGAAGGUGGGGGUUUGUGGGGUUUAAGGGCAGUAUGUGUGAGAAAAAAUUUCAUAGUGUCCGUACAUUGUUGUGUGCCAUUGUCCCUGGUCACAUGACCACAGUUGUAUGCCAAAAUGAACAUCACACAGUACAUCCACUCAACAAGAUUGUGCUAGCCACAUCUUCAAGACAUUUUGUAGCCGUGUCUUCAAGACAUUUUGUAACCGUGUCUUCAAGACAUUUUGUAACCGUGUCUUCAAGAUAUUUUGUUUUAAUGGUAUAAAUUGCUCUCACAAUUUUCUAUGUGCUAUCUAUUGGCCUUCAUAUUAGCCACCCUAUUUCUAAAACAUUACUUACAAGACAUCGAAAUCAUCGAAAUCAUAAAUAGUAAUUACCAAACAUAGCUUCAAACAACCUUUUAAACUCAAUCUUUUGGCGAAAGUCUAUUUAUUUAUUAAAGUCUAUUUCAAAUAUUACAAUAGAAGAAUCGACCAAAGCACAACCAAUAUACAUCUACAUUUCUCCACAUUGUUUUUUUUUGGUAUCAUGAUACAAACAUUAAAAUCUUAUUCAUAUCGUUUAUCAGUCUCAUUAAAUAAAACCACCGAGACAAAUGUAUAAAUAAAUAUAACAGAGAAAAACCCAAGACCCUUUUCUUUUUUUCGUAUUCUUGUUGGUAAAACAAAUCAAAGUUUGUACUAAUCUAGGUAUAUUACAUUUUUAACGUUAUAUUUUAACCAGUUUUUGAUGUUUAUAUUUCUGAGUGAAACGUUUUUAUUAAAUCGUAAGACACGCGUCUCCCAAACAUUAGACUAUAACACACGUGAACCAUUUUUGAUAUGGGAUAGCUGCAUGUACACAAUGUUUGCAUAAAUUAUGUUGGUGUACGAGGUAUGUGUACAGCAAUACAACACACAAUGAUCGCCAGACACGAUCUUACAUAUACCCACACAUACACCCACAUAUACACCCACAUAUAUACCCACACAUACCCACACAUACACAUACACCCACACAUACAUCCACACAUACACCCAAACAUAAACUUACACAUACACCCACACAUACACCCACACAUACAACCACACAUACACAUACACCUACACAUACGUCAACACAAGCACCCGCACAUACACCCACACCCACACCCACACAUAUACCCACACAUACACCAACACAUACACAUACACCCACACCCACACAUACACCCACACAUACACCCACACACUCAUGCACGCUGCAGAAAUUAGAUUAAGCACUACUGGGCAUUAACGGAUAUGCACACAAAUCAAUCCAUACAUGCUAACUACAAAUACCCCCUCGCCUAUAUCCACAUCUACAUUCAGACCCACCCACAUACACAACACCUCCACACACAUAUACACAACACUUACACAUAUAACCACAUAUACCCUUGUAUACACCACCCACACAUACACACAAACAACAGCAGCGCCUACACAUACAAACACAAACUCACAAACUACACACACACACACCCACACACACAUACGUAGACAACACAUAAACCCACAUACACUUCACAUAUUACACACAUAACCUACACAACCAACACACCUACACUCACACCUACAUACACAUCACAUACACCCACAUACACCCACACCACCUGUACGUGUGGACUUAUAUCAAUUGUUUUUAACGGUGCUCCGUAAACAAAUAUGGUCUAAUUAAUUGCUGAGACAAUCAAAAGAUAAUGUACUUAAUUUGUUCAUACACUUUUUUUAUGUUCUUACCUGUAUUUCUACCUGGAUUUUUUUUCUUGUAAAUAAAUCAAAAUACGGAAUAAAUUAUGUUUUAUUUUAAAAAUUAUAAUGACAUAUUUGUGUUAAUGUGAAUACAUAUUACGUGAAUGAAAAUACAGAACACAGACACGUAUUUAUGUAAAAUACUGAAUGGAUUUAUCACACAAGAGACUUAGUGUGUUGGAGUUUAUAUACGGGAGACAUAUCUUUACAGAAACUUUAAAUAUUGAUGGUUACAUUGUUUACCUGGAAAAUUUAUUGGUUACCUUAUGUAGCAGAAAGUUUACCUUAAUCUGGUUAAUAUUUGGUUUUUUUUUUUGUACUGGUAAACAAAAUGUAUACAAAAUGAUACUUGUGUUUUUUUUAAAAAUCUGAUAUUUAUGUGAAUAAUUUGAUAAUAAAAUAUUUUAUGCA